AUGGAGCAACACUUGGGUAGAAGGAGCCUUGUUGGAUUGGAUUUUUUUCCACAGGCUUCAGCAUCUCGGGUGGAGGAGGAGCUGAGGGAGCUGGAGCAGGAGAAGGCAGCUGGUCUGAGGCACUUCCAGGGAGAGGUGAAGCGGCGGGUGAACCACCAGGUCAGGAUGCGGAGGAAGCAGCAGCUGCAGAGGUCCUGUGAGGUGGCAGAGAGGGAGAGCUGCCUGGCUCUGUGCUACUCGGGCUCCAUGCUGCGCUGGCCCCCCAGGAAGGACACGUGCCUGUUUCGGGGCCGCCCCCCCCACACCAUCUGUGGCCCAACCCAGCAGGGGCAGAGUGAGCCCUUCCAGCAGCGAGCUGCCCAGCUGAGCAAAACUGUGAAGCAGGUUCGGCGAAGGCUGGCGUCCUGCAGGACCAUCCCGCCAGGAGCUCAUCCCCCUGAGCUCCCUGGUGGCAUCUGGAGGCGAGAGAAACUGGGGUCUGGCGGGCCGGCCAUGGUGCCUGCAGAAGAGGAGAGUGAGGAACUGCUUCUGGCUGGACAUCAUGAUCUCCCAGCAGAGCUGCAGGAGCAGGGCAUGGUCCCACCUUGUGCUGAGCAAGAUGAGGACUUCUACAUCAAAAUCAAGUUUGAAAAAUUCCAGAAUGGGUCAGUGAAGGUCUCACGCUUGCCCGAGCCUCCCCAGAGGCCCUGCACUGAUGGCCAAGCUCCACUUGUGCUCUGGGCUGGUGUGGACCAAGAGGAAACCAAGAAGCAGCGUCAGAGCGAGUUCCUGAGGUGCAGGCGCCUCUUCAUGAGCAUCGAGCGUGAGCAGGUGAGGGAGCAGCAGAGGCAGAGGGAGAGGCAGAAGAGAGUUGCUGAGAUUAAGAGGAAGAACGAGAAGCAGCGCCGGGCAGAAGAGCAGCGGCUGCAGGAGAUGGUUGAUCAGCCAGAGCUCCCCCCGGGAGAGGGGGCCUGGGAAACCCUGGCCCAGCUGCAGCUGGAGGAGAGGAGCGUGAGGAAGGUCCAGGAGAAGCGGCAACGCAAUAAGGAGCAUGCGAGGUACAUCGAAGCUCUGAGAGCCCAGCUGAGGGAGAAGAUAAAACUCUCCAACAUAGACUUGCCGCCACUGUGCUCCUGCGGGUCUGAUUUCUGGGACUCCCACCCAGAUACCUGUGCUAACAACUGCAUCUUCUACAAAAACCACCGAGGUGUCCGCCUGCUCCGAGCCGUGCCCCGAGACAGCCGGUAUCGGGGGCUGACACUGGUGCUGACCUUCUUCUGCUACACCAGCUACCACCUCUCACGAAAACCCAUCAGCAUUGUCAAGAGCCAGCUGCACCCCAACUGCUCGGCCUUGGGCCCCAACCCCCGCAAUGACUCCAACAACAGUGCGUGGUGCAGCUGGGCACCCUUCGAUGGGGACAACUACAAGGAACUUUUUGGGGCCCUGGAUAAUGCCUUCCUGGUGGCCUAUGCCAUUGGGAUGUUCAUCAGCGGGAUUUUUGGGGAGCGCUUACCCCUGCGCUACUACCUGUCAGGGGGGAUGGUGCUGAGUGGGCUCUUCACUGCACUCUUCGGCCUUGGCUACUUCUGGGACAUCCAUGUCCUCUGGUACUUCAUCAUUGUCCAGGUCUGCAACGGGCUGGUUCAGACGACCGGCUGGCCCUCCGUUGUGGCGUGCGUUGGGAACUGGUUCGGGAAGGGAAAGAGAGGUUUGAUCAUGGGCAUCUGGAACUCGCACACCUCCGUUGGCAACAUCUUGGGGUCGCUCAUCGCUGGGGCGUGGGUUUCCUCCACCUGGGGCUUGUCCUUCAUUGUGCCCGGCAUCAUCAUCGCUGUCAUGGGCAUCAUCUGCUUCUUCUUUCUUAUAGAGUAUCCUGAGGACGUUGGCUGCAGCCCGCCUCUGCACCAUGAGGAUGCUAGAGGGGUGACCUCCAAUGAGAAGGAUCCUGAAGCAGUCACCUCCAAUGAGGGGCCACUGAGCAUCACAGGCCAGACAAGCGCAGAUCACACCAACAGCCCCAAGCAGCCAGGCGAGGAGCCGGAAGCCAUCAGCUUCCUUGGGGCCCUCCGGAUCCCCGGCGUGGUGGAGUUCUCCCUCUGCCUGCUCUUUGCUAAGCUGGUGAGCUACACCUUCCUCUACUGGCUGCCCCUCUACAUUGUGAAUGUUGCUCAUUUCAGUGCCAAGGAAGCCGGGGACCUCUCAACUCUCUUUGAUGUUGGGGGCAUUUUAGGGGGGAUCUUCGCCGGCCUGAUCUCUGACUACACGGGCGGCAGGGCCACCACAUGCUGCAUGAUGCUGGUUGUUGCUGCUCCCAUGCUGUUCCUGUAUAACCACGUUGGCCAGAAUGGCAUUGGCACAUCAGUAGUGAUGCUGAUCAUCUGUGGUGCCCUGGUUAACGGGCCCUACGCUCUGAUCACCACGGCAGUUUCAGCAGAUUUGGGAACUCAUGAGUCUCUCAAAGGCAACGCCAAGGCCCUUUCUACAGUCACAGCCAUAAUUGAUGGCACAGGAUCUGUAGGUGCUGCACUGGGGCCACUGCUGGCAGGGCUCAUCUCCCCUACGGGCUGGAAUAAUGUCUUCUACAUGUUGAUAGCAGCUGAUGUUUUGGCUUGCCUGCUCCUCACUCGCGUGGUGGUCAAAGAGGUCCGUGGGUGGUGUGGCUUCAUGGCAAGGAAAAGAGGCUCUAGUGUGCAGCUAACAGAGUCAGUGCUGGAUGGGAAGUAG